AUGGUCACUUUCCAUGUUGAAGACGGACCACAUAGCGUGACGCAAACCAGUGGUGACAACUGCGAUAUGUUAAUCAACGGGAUUGACUCUGGAAAGCUCAAGAGAGGCGGACGAAUGGCUGUAAGAUUCAUCACUCCGGGUAUCCGCUGGUUUGCAUGCAACAUGGACGACCACUGUGAUCGCGAUAUGCGCUUCGCUAUCAAUGUCAUUGAUAAUGGCACAGAUUCGCAGUCUGGUACUCCUGUAUCGCAGUCUGACACCCCCGUGAAACCUCUGGUGGAGACUACAGCAUCUUCUAGGGUAAAUACUCCGAUACCUCGUGUCAACAUCCAAGCGGCAUUCAUUGCGGGUGGAGCCGUUGUGGGAGGGGCAAUAAUAGGUGCAAUCGGAUUCAAGCUGGUCUUGAUAUUGCGCCGAAGAAGAGAGAAGAAAAUAAAACUUGAGGAGCAAAGAGGCAGAAGAGAGCCGCCGGUGUAA